AUUCCCCGACCCGCACCACAGCAAAGCAUGAGCACUACGUUAUGGAAGGUUGUUAUUAUUGAAUGUGCACUCCGUUCCGUUCGUUAACUCCAAAUUUGUAAACAUUUCGUAAUUAAAUGAAUUAUGUCGCCCUUUUCGUAAGUGAAAUAGUAUCCUGAUAAUUAAUUAAGGGUGCAAACGACGAGUUUAGGAGUUCGUGAUGUUCGCGGUGGUCGCUAGUCUCUCAUCGUUCAAUGUUGUUUUUCUUCACUUAAUUUGAUGAAAAUGUCCGAAAUGACGGAAAACCACGGAAAUCUCGGUACAAAAUCCGAUUUGACAGGCAUUACGGAUACCCCAAUUACAGAUCCAGCUUCAAAUAAGGGUCUGGACGGUUCAAAUGCAUUUGUUGGACAAAGAUCUAAAUUGGAUGCGAAAACUUCGGGUGCUUUAAAAAAAUCCAGUCGAUAUAGAAGCAGAUCUUUAUCAGCUUCAUCAACAGAUUCAUAUAGUUCGACUUCGUGUACUGGCAGUAGUUCAGAUGGUGACGAUGUCUCGCCCAGGGAAAAAAUUCAAUCAAAUUCGUCAGGUAGCAAUGAUUUUUGUGUUCGUAAUAUUAAUCAACAGGCAUUUGGCAGAAGAGAAAUUGACAUUGCUGAGCAAGAAAUGCCUGGCAUUAUGGCCUUACGCAAAAGAGCUUGUGAUGAUAAACCCCUAAAAAAUGCUAAAAUUAUUGGCUGUACUCACAUUAACGCUCAAACAGCCGUUUUAAUUGAAACAUUGGCUGCUCUUGGUGCUAGCGUUCGCUGGGCUGCAUGCAAUAUAUACUCAACUCAGAAUGAAGUGGCAGCCGCUUUAGCAGAGGCAAACUUUCCAAUUUUCGCAUGGCGCGGCGAAACAGAGGAAGAUUUCUGGUGGAGUAUCGAUAAAUGUGUGAAUGCCGAAAAUUGGCAACCAAACAUGAUUUUGGAUGACGGCGGAGAUGCCACGCAUCUCAUGUUAAAAAAGUAUCCGGCAAUGUUUAAAUUAAUUAAAGGUAUUGUAGAAGAAAGUGUAACUGGUGUACACCGUUUGUAUCAGUUAUCAAAAGCGGGAAAGUUGACUGUCCCGGCAAUGAAUGUGAAUGAUUCUGUCACCAAAACUAAAUUUGACAAUCUUUACAGCUGUCGUGAGUCCAUUAUUGACAGUUUAAAGAGAUCCACAGACAUUAUGUUUGGUGGAAAACAAGUUGUUAUUUGCGGUUAUGGAGAAGUUGGAAAGGGUUGUUCACAGGCAUUACAGGGUUUGGGAUGUGUUGUUUACAUUACAGAAAUUGAUCCUAUCUGUGCACUUCAAGCAAGUAUGGAUGGAUUUCGUGUUGUUAAACUCAAUGAAGUUAUACGAAAUGUUGAUAUUGUAAUAACUGCUACAGGAAAUAAAAACGUAGUCACAAGAGAACACAUGGAUAAAAUGAAAAGUGGCUGCAUAAUAUGCAAUAUGGGCCACUCUAACACCGAAAUCGAUGUGAAUAGUUUGCGGACACCCGAUCUUACUUGGGAGAAAGUUCGAUCGCAAGUCGAUCAUGUUAUAUGGCCUGAUGAAAAACGCAUAAUAUUGUUGGCCGAGGGCCGCCUUGCUAAUUUAAGUUGCUCAAGUUUACCGUCAUUUGUUGUUUCAAUAACGUCAGCCACGCAAGCGUUAGCAUUAAUUGAACUUUUUAAUGCUCCCUUAGGACGUUACAAAUCUGACGUUUACUUAUUACCUAAAAAAAUGGAUGAAUACGUGGCCAGUUUACAUUUACCUACUUUCGACGCUCACUUGACAGAGUUAACGGACGACCAGGCGAGAUAUAUGGGGUUGAACAAGGCCGGCCCAUUCAAGCCCAAUUAUUACAGGUAUUAAAGUGACAAAGCCACUGUUCUAUAGUAGUUUGUCGUUGAUUGAUGGUAUAUUUUACAUAUAAUCAUAGUAGGUAAAUAGAAAAAGAAGAAACUAAGCCGUCAUUUGGGGAUCAUUAGUUUAGCUAGCUAAAAGUUACUACUGAUUUAUUGUAGCUUUGAGUAUGUGUACUCCAAACUGAGCCUUGUGAGUUGUCAUUCCAGAUGUGCGAUAUCUAAAUUCAAUGUCAAAAUUUCAGUUUAAUCCAUUAGUGCAUGAAGUACCACAGAAAUGCAAAGAUGUAUUUCAACCUUUGUAUAAUAAUAAACAUAAAGGAUCUAAAUUUGUUAUUGACCAAGAUCUUGUUUAUCAGAUAUAUUGAAUUAUAUGCUCAAACUUACUAAAAACUAUGAAAAUUUUUAAACCAAUGUUAGAUAAAGACCUAAUUUUCACAACCGAUCUGUAAUUUACAUGAGGUGCGUUCGUUAUGUGUUCUGAUCACUCUUUUUGUUGAUAAGCGUUCGUUUAUGGAUGCACCAGAAAACACCGUAUCAUUUUGUUAAUUACAAAAUAGAGUAAAAGGAGUUAACUCCAAACACUCCAUCUCAUGAGACAGCGCAUAAUAGACUUGAUCACGUGUUCAUGUUCAUUUUAACCUAAAAAUUCGCAUCUCUCGCCUUCUCAGGUUGACUGUUUUGGUUUGCGAUUUGUUUGAUAAAGAUAAUUUAGACACCAUUUGCGUCUGCAAUGAAUAUUUCUAAACAUUCCCAUAUCAGGAGCAGUUAUAGAGGUUAUGUUGACACUCCAUCCGCUUCACGCAUGCUCUAAGGAUCACGUGACCUUUUACCCUUAUGCUCUGUUAUAUUCUGAAACCGAAAAUCGAUAAUCAUGACUUUUGUAUCAGUUUUCCUCGCGAUGAUGGUCCAUAGGUGGUAACGGUAGCAGUAUCUACAAAAAUUCAGAAGAAUUCUUAGCCCAACUGCCAUCUUCCCUUUACAGCGAGGGUAUUGUGAGUUGUGGUUGAUUUAAUUUCCUUGUUGCUGGUCAUUUUUGUGUCGAGCUCCAUUGGGAUUUUUAGUUGUAGUUUUUUCUACUAGUUGUCGAAAGAUAUUCCUGAUAUUCCUUUGACUACGCAAAAGUCGAUACAGUCUGGUAAUUUUCUUCGAUCAUUCAAAGGACAUUGGCCAACCGUCCUUCCUGAAUAGUUGGGUGUCGCACAAAAUUCGAAUGUUCAUUUACAAGAUUGUUGCUUUUCAUUGUGAGACAGUUCGAAAACUUUUUUGGCCCUUAACAUUUUUUGUAUUAUCAACCAUAUGCACAUUUCAUGUUGUCUUUUUCAUAUUUCUUAAAAAACAUAGGCCCUGCAUUUGAAAAACAAAAGUUGCAUCGCUUUCCGGCAAUUUGCACACUGCCCGUUAUAUCGGAUUUCAAAUUCUAACAGCCCUGUAUUUAAGAUUUAGACUAUAAUAAUAAUAAUAAUUAAUUAUUGCGUCAAUAGUACAAAAGUAUUAUACUCUCAUCAAACAAAUUAAUUUAUUUAUGUAUUACCUAUAUUUUUCAAACAGACUUAAAGAGUUCGGAAACCUAUUAUUCAUUUUAAGGUCAUAAACAUUAAUUGUGUUUCUACUUUUACAUAAACAAACAAAAGUAAAUUAAUUGCAUUUUUAGUAGGUGUGCUAUGGUUGUGUGAAUCACUGUAUGUCAAAUAAUGAUUGACAAUUGCUUUUAACAUAAAUUAGUGCAUAGACAGAAAUGCCAGUAGUUUAGUUUCACUAAACUUUUGUAUGGUACACUUGUAAUAAGUUUGCCAAUAUGUCGCUGGAGUUGGAAAAUGUGUUGGCAAUGAAACUUUUUUUUAUCUUGGAAGUGAAACAUUUUCCAUGACUCACAAACGGUAAUAUCAAGUUUGCUCAUGGAGUACAUGUAAUUGAAAGUUGUACCUCUUUUAUGUGAAUUGUCCUCCGUUCCUUGGCAUCUAUUUUACACAGUAUGGAUGAUCUUUUCACUAGCAUUUUUUUUGGUACUUUGGCUUAAUUAAAGAAUCGGCUUUAGUAUUAAUGGAGCUCUAAAAUUAAAAUCACAUGGUUCUAUUUGAUUUGCGAGUUUUGUGCUUCAGCGAUUACAGUAUUAAAUGUAGAUAUUUACAUAGUUUUAUUAUUUGCGGUAUGUGAAUUAGUAGUUAUGUGUCUUUAUUAUUCGUAUACUUUGAUGUAUUGCUUGCUUUAUUAAUAUUAUAAAAGUAACGCUCAAAAAAAUUUGAGCAUUUCAUGCAACUAUUAGAAUGAUCAACUAUGUCUAAUGUGGAGCUGUGAUUAGCCUCUUUUAUAGUGGCGUAUGUAUAAAACCAGAGCCAUUGUUUUUGCUUCUACAGGAUGUUCGCGACCCCGUACCACUUUUUUGUGAAACCAAAUACCACAAACAGAAUCAAUCUACCUAUGUGUGUUUCUAAGAUGCAGAGUGAAAACGAAAAGUUUGACUUUUUGGGAUGGUAUCAUAUUUUAUACUACCCAUGUAAGAUAGAAAAAAAGGUAACAACUGCCUAUUUUCGAUAUUUUACGUAGAAUCCAGAAAAAUGUUUGGAUUACUGUUUCUGAAAUUUGACCCAUUGGUAUUUUUUAAAUGCCCCACCCUGUAUAUCUUAACGUCAAUUUUUUGCAUUCUUUUCAAUGAUGUAUCACAAUCUCUCUUUUUUUUGUAUACAUCCAAUUUUUCACAUUUUUGAAAUGGCAUGUUUCUAUCAUUAGCCAUGUUUUAUUGAUUGGUAUUGGGUGCCUUAGUUACGAUGGAUAUAAUAAACAAAACAAAUUUAAAACUAUUUAAAAAUCAGGUUUUUAUUUUUGGUUCAUAGCUACAAUUUGAUAAAAUUCGUGUUAGGAUAAACAGGGUGUUGCAUUAAAGAAAUAGCAAGAUUGUGUCAAAUCUCAGAACUGAUGUUCCAAAAAUUUUUUUGACUACGCUACUGGAUUCUACGUAAAAAUAUCUACAUAAUCUAUAAUAAUCUAAAAGCUUUUCGUAUUCACCUUGUAUUCCCGAAACAAUCAUAGCUAGAUUAAUUCUGUUUGUGUUCACAAAAAAGUGCUAUAGGGCGCGUAAUCCGUUAGUCUCUAUCUUUAAAACAGUUGAGAUGCACUGCAGUCUCAAUCAACAUAGCACACACAGUACAGGGUGUUUCAUUAACAACAAGUGCACCCGUGCUAGAAUUUCACUAGUGCUUACAUGAGCAAUAAUGUGCAUUAUACGAUAAGACUGGAUAGUAAAAUUAUUGGCAGUUUAAUUUAUUGCAAGUGUAUAAUUCCAAGACAUUGUGCCGGAUCUUACGGUGUCACAAAUGUAAAAGUAAGCAAUUUACUACCAUCCUCAAAGUUUCAAAAAAAUCCAUCAACGCAAUUUUUGGGCUUAUCACUGCACCAUAAUUUUAAUUUAUAAUGUAUACUAAUAGAAUUUUUUGAGCGUUAUUACCGAAUGCUAUAAGCGCCACCUGACCAGUCAAGUAUGCACAGAAAUCUUUAUAUUAUUUUCAUUUAAUUGUGUUCUCGCUCUCUUAUUGUAUAACAUUUGUUCUGCCGUAUGUCUCCUAUGUUCCUCAUGUAUUUAAAUCGCCAAUGAUUCAGAUGAAAGUCAUCUAUUAGGCUGCAAGUAGCUUUGGUUUGCUAUUAGUAAUUGAGUAUAUGGUUACCUAAAUCACAAUUAUCGAGAUAUUUUAUAUAAUUGUAAUUCUCGUAACUAUAUAUUUAUGGAAUUCCGUAAAGUACUUAUUGAUCGAUGUUUAUGUGGAAGUGCUCACAAUUGUAUAAUGUUGUACCUGAUUUUGUGUGGUGCCACUGGUUUAGUUUAUCAAAUGCUGAAAAUCAAAAGUAUACAUGAAUAAGGUAUGUGAUUGUAAUUGUUGGCCUAAUCGUGUGCCACUGUAUUCAGUAGAAAUGUCCAUAUUUUGUCAUCUAUUGUAAAAAUCUAAAGGAAUUGUUAAUAACUUGUAUGUUGCUAAGUUUAUAUAACUACAUUGUAUGCUUAUAAUAAGCUCGAGCAAUUAGUGUAAGAAAUCUGUAGUAAACAUGGCUCAGGAUUUUGCAAAUACAUCUUGUUUAUUGUAAAUAUGUUUUUAUGGAUAUGUGAUGAAAGAGCAUCUAAAAUAAACUUUAUUAUCCAUA